UCAGAUUUUAAAAGAAAAAAAAAAAGUUGUCUCAGGUGCAGUAAGGAAACAAGGCCUUUUGUUUAGGACCCAUUUUGGGACUGCCUUUCAGACACAGGGUGGGGCUUCACUCCAUCCAUUCUCAGUCUCGCUUAUCCUACAGAGGGUCGCGGAGGAGCCUGGAGCUUAUACCAGGGGACUCGGGGCACAAGGACGGGGUGUCACCUCUCACACGCCCAUUCACUCAAUACGGACAAUUUAGAGAUGCAGAUCAGCCUGUAAUGCAUGUGUUUGGACUGGGGAGGAAACCUGAGUACACAGAGGAAACCCCUGAAGCAUGGGGAGAACAUGCAAACUCCACCCACACAGGGCGGAGGCAGGAAUCGAACCCCCAACCCCUAACCACUAAGCCACUGUGCGCCCCCCAGGAAUGACCUCGGUGUUACAGCCUAAAAGAGGGCCUCCGGAUGGAUCUUACACGUAUUCCAGUCGUCCACAUGCCGCCCCCAGCCGCCUCAGACACACGGAGCCCGCGGUGAUGGAAAAUGAAGGGCGACCAGUCUAUGGAAACAUCAUGUAUGAUCGACGUGUCGUUAGAGGAAAUACCUAUGCACAACACAUCCUGCCAGUCACGGCUCAGCCUGACCCAGUCGAGAUCCAGUGGCAGCAAGAGGCAAUGCGACGAGCCACAGCAAGAAAGGGGGCAAAAGACAAGUUUCAGACAAGAAGUUCAGGCACACUUGAGGAGAGAAAGCACAUAGAUGUUCAGACUGAAUUAUACUUGGAGGAGCUGAGUGAUCAUAUUGAGGAUGCCAGUGUGGAAUGCCAGACAGAUGCAUUUCUGGACAAGCCAGCCACACCUCUCUUUAUCCCUGCCAAAUCUGGCAAAGAUGCAGCGACACAGAUAGAAGAAGGAGAGCUGUUUCACUUUGAUCUGGAGGUGCAGCCAGUGUUGCAGGUGUUGGUAGGAAAGACCAUGGAGCAGGCUUUGCUGGAAGUACUGGAGGAGGAAGAGCUGGCUGGGUUGAGGGCUCAACAGUGUGCUUUCCAGGAGUUGCGUAAUGCUGAAUUGGUGGAAGUUCAACGACUGGAGGAGCAGGAGAGCCGACACAGAGAGGAGAAGGACCGGAGGAUUAAGCAGCAAAGGUUGAUCUUGAAGAAGGAAAGAGAAACGGCAGAGAAAAUCGCUGCUAGAACAUUCACUCAACAUUAUCUUGCUGACCUUCUUCCUUCAGUCUAUGCUAAUCUGAGAGACCAUGGAUAUUUCUAUGACCCAGUGCAGAGAGAUAUAGAGACUGGAUUCCUUCCCUGGCUGAUGGCAGAAGUCAACAAUACUUUGGAAAAGCAUGAUGUUGCACGAACAGUGCUUGACAUGCUCAUCCAAGAUGUGACCAACCAGAGACAGGAAGUCUUUCAGUGUGUGAGCUGCAAAUGAUGGUUUCUUCUGUUGGUAAAGUCCCGUUGUACUUGUAGAUUCCUAAAUAUGAAAAAUGGUGAUAAAUGGUUAAAGUACGCAGUCCACAAGUCCCGCUAUAUUAAACAUAUACCUUACCACUUUU